AUAAUUUGACUACUGCUGUGUUUGACUUUUGGGCAGGAUCUGUUUGUCCCAGCAAUUACAGACAUCGUCAAAUGUGCUACGACGUUUCUCUCUCAAUUCAAUUCAGAUAGCUUUAUUGGCAUGACAAAAAAAAAAAAAACAAACAAAAACAUUUUGUAUUGCCAAAGCAUUUAACCAAUAUAGAAAAAUAUUUAGAACAGAACAUCUGAGUAAAGCCUAUGUAGAAAUCACAGUCAUGCCAAUAAAGCUCAAUUGAAUUAAAAUCUCUCUAUCUCUCUGUCUGUCUCUCACUCUCUCUCGGAGCGGAUGCGGUUAGUUGUAACAUAAAUGAGCGAGGCUUCCGAUGUCAUUCGCUUUCAGUUGUAUAAAACAGCUAGUUAUUGUUGCAUGAUAUUACAAACUGAUAUUUCUUAUAUUAUUCUAAUAUAUUGUAGCAUAAUAGUAAACGUGUUGGUUUGUAGCGCAAAUAGUUUUACUGUUUUCUGCACUUUGGUAUUGUUUACUUAUAGUGGCUAAUAAAUCUAAAGUCUCGCACAUUCAUGAAAAUGGCUUACUUCCUCGUUGCAAAGAAAGUUGGAUACAGCCUAACCAGAUCUCCGUCAGAAGAAUGAAUCGUUAUUUAAAACGCGAAAAGGCGAGUCUUCUCAAACCUGCAACAGGCUACUCGUACUUUCACUCUCCAUAAAAAGAGACAUACAAGGCUCUUAAUGAUUUAAAGCAUCUCUUGGAAUAUCUAAUGCAAACAAGGCCUUUUCAAUGGCCUUGAGCAAUAAGGUUGAGGAUUGCAUUGAAUGGGAGGAAGAAGCCAAAGAAAAGGACUUUUACUUUAAAAGGAGUGAAGAGCGUAAGAUGGGUGAAGAGAGUGAUUAUGAGCCUAUGGAAGACGAGGAGGACAACAGAUCAAUGGAUAAAGGGCCGAAAUUUGCUGUCGUUACCUUGCAAGAUACAGAUGAAGUAAUGGUAGCAGCAUCAGACUGGUUGAGCACAGACAAGAAACAAUGUUACUGGCCCCCAUUCAAAUCCACAGAGAAGUACUUGGAAGCGGUUAAGAACAAUCUUGGACCUUCAACAGAAGAGAAACCAUGGGAGAUGUUAAAUGUCAUCUUUCAUGCAGAAUAUGACACUUAUGAGGAUGCUGUAAAUAACCAAGUGGAGCAAAGAGCACUGAAAUAUGGGCUUGUCUUGUAUAAAGUUGUUACCUUGAAAGAAUCAAAUGAGCUGACAGUGAUACCAGCAACAUGGCUCAAUGAAGAAAAGACACAAUGUCACUGGCCUCCAUUUAAGUCACCAGAGAAGUGCACGGAAGCUGUAAAAAACAGACUUGAGCCUCCUGUAACUGUUGAAAAACAAUGGGAGACGUUAAAUAUUCAAGUCCACAUGGAAUGUGCCACAUAUAAACAGGCUAUGGAGAAGCAAAAAUCAUUAAAGGAACAGAAAGAAAGAUUUUUUUUCAAAUCUCCAUUGUUUUCUGUACCAGCAUCUACUCUUCCUCAAAUUCCCCCUCAUGAUACAGCUAUACCACUAUGUGGGGUCAGAGGAGUGCUGGAUCCUAUCCCAUCAACAUCUUGGCCAAAAGGACUUUCCAUCGAUUUCACAAUGGCUAGCCAAGGUAUUAAAAGAAAGCGUGAUCAAGAACCGUCCUCGAGUAUAAAGUCACUGCUGACAACAGAUAUGGAGAUCAUGUUGAAGGCAAAGCAAAUCAUGAAAAGAGUCACUGACAACUUAGUCCACACAAUCAUUAUGCAAGGAGACAUCAUUUCAAAGAUAAAUAAAAUGAAUAAUGUCAGCAGGAAGAAGGCAACCAUUGGGAUAUUUGGAAAAUCAGGUGAAGGGAAGAGCUCUCUAUUAAGUGCAGUCUUGGGGGAAAAGGAUCUUCUGCCGUCUGGUUGUUUUGGUGCCUGUACAACUUUUGUUAUUCAGGUGGAAGCCAAUCUGACUGACUCCAACUACAUAGCAGAGAUUCAUCUCGUCUCUAAAGAGGAUUGGGAGAAAGAGCUCAAAGAUCUUUUCACAGUUUUAUCAGAGAUGAGGACAAGUGACAGUGAGGAGGACAUGAAUGACGACUUGGUUGAAGUUGCUGAAGAAAAGAUCACUGCGCUGUAUGGAGCUGAUGCAGAUAAAAAAACAUUAGAAGAGUUUAAGAAUGAUAAAAAAUAUGCUGAGAUUGAAACCUUUUUGUCCAACAGUAAGGACAAUAAGAAAACAAUCUCAAAAAGUGAUGUCUCAGAAUUUGCCAAUGACAUUUCAUGUUACAUACUGAGCAGUCAGUCGAGUCCUGGUGGCUGGUACUGGCCGCUUGUGAAGAGUGUGACGAUCAAGAUUCCAGAUUGUCGUGAACUUCUGGAACACAUUGUGCUUGUUGAUAUUCCUGGAACUGGAGACUGCAAUAAGAUUAGAGAUGAUCUUUGGAAACCUAAACUGAGAGAUUGCUCUUCUGUGUGGAUUGUAAGUGAUGUCAAGCGAGCAGUCACUGACAAAGACCCCUGGGGGAUUUUAAAGCACUGCGUUGAAAAACUGGGACCAGGAGGAGAAUGCAAAUGCAUCAACUUCAUCUGUACAAAGACUGAUGAUAUCAAUCCAGCAGCCUAUAUAAGGGCUGAAUGGCUUACUAUAGACCACAAUUUAGAAGACAAGGAUCAGAAAAAAGUGUGCAUACUUCAUAGAAAUGAUCAUGCCAAGACAAGGGUGAAAGAAAAGUUUGAAAAUUCUGAAAUCAAGAAAAGAUUCAGCAAUGUUUUUCUUCAAGUAUUUACUGUAAGCUCCAAUGCAUUCUUCGACACCAGUUUAAAUUUGGAACGUAUCGAAACAGAAAUCCCAAAGCUGCAGGAUGAUCUGAGGACUCUUAACCAGAACAUUAACAGAGAACUGACCAGAGAUUAUGUCAAUGAAGCAAAGGGAGUUUUAUCCUUGAUCCAAAGUGUCCAACUGGAUACAGACAAGAAAACGGCUGAGACAAAAGACAAAAUCUACACGGAAUUAGAGAAGAACCUAAAGAAGGCACUGAAGGAAUUGGACAGUCAUUUUGACACCAUUUAUAAUGAUCUGGAGCAGCGUCUCUCAAACGGAGUGAAGGAAUCAGUGCAAUUGUGUGUUGAUUCCACAAAAGCAAUGAUAUCCCCUAAUAUAGAUAAAAGAGGAUUCCAUAAAAUCCUUCAAGCUUUGUGCAAGAAUGGCGGAUGCUACUGGUCGAAAAAUUGGGAUGUAAUCCUAGAUCUGAACAAGCAACUGACCAGACACAUGCAUGAAUAUAUUAACGAAUAUUUCAAUCUGAUUUUCCCUGUGACUGGAACAACAGGGAAGUCAGUGCAAGAGCAGAUUGACAAAUUCAGUAUCAUCCAGAAUGACUCUGCUUCCCCUGGAUCUCCCAUAUUACAUCACAUUCAGAACUUCAUCAAAACAGAGGAAACAAAGCUGAAGGCAUCACUCAAAAGAGACGUUGUUGAUGCAAAGAAGCAGAUCUACUCAUCAAUCCAAAUAACCAUUAAGAAGGAAAUGUCUUCUUGCUAUGAAGAAGCUGCAGCAGUGACUGGAACCGGAUCCAUGAAGAAAAGGCAAGAACUGCUAAUAACCACAGUCGAUAAGAUGAAACAUAACAUGUUCAAGAAGGCAAAAACUGAAGUGCUUAAAAAGUUCGAAAAAUUAAAGCUGUACAUAAAGGAUGCUCUUGAAUCAGAACUAAAGAGAUCAAUGAAACUCUCACUGUCACAAACCAGCAAAAUCAAAUUGAUGGAUGUCUCAAAAGAGAUCGAACAGCUGGAGAGACUUUCAGAGCAACUGUCAAACUGAGGUCAUCAAGCAAUAAAAGGCCCAAGAGAAGAAGUAGAAUUAACAUGAACAUAUGUAACACAUUUUCAGUAAAUGUUUUCAUUAGUUUUACAUUAUAGAUCUUAUUGCUUUACUCACAUUAAUGUGUUGGUUUCUUAAAUGGUUCACUUUCAUCAAAUUUCUUUGAACAUUGGGUUUUAUUUUAGUUUUUAGUGAAAGCUGCAUGAUGCACAAACUGUGCAUUGAUUUAUUGCCCUUUUUUACAACCAUUUUUUUAAAAAAUAUAUUUUAAUCUUUUUUUAUUGUGACAGUUUACAGCAAGAAAUGUAAAUGCCAUUUAAGCUUAGUGCAUCUGUCCCAUUUACAAGAACUUGAGUGGAGUGGGUGAUGCAUUUAGAUGGGAAUGAAGCAAGGGUCUUUUUUAUGCAAUAAUACAAAACAGGGGCCGUAUUCACAAAACAUUUUAUCUUACUACUAAGAGUUCUCCUAAAUAGCAGUAAAAGUUCUUAGCUAAGAGUUUUCUCUUAAAACCUAUUAACAAAGCUGCUGAGACCAACUUUUA